AUGGCAGCCUCACAGAGGCCAACGGAAAGGAGGGCGUCGAGGUGCACCCCUGUGACGGCGCGGGCCACGCUCGUAUUCGAGAUCGCCGGGUACAGCCUGCAUAAGGGCAUGGGCAUUGGCAAAUUCAUCUGGUCCACCACCGUCUCCGUUGGCGGGCACCAAUGGUGCAUCCUCUACUACCCAGACGGAGACACACACAUCGAGAGCCAGGGCCACAUCUCAGUCUACCUGGAGCUUCUGAGCAAGGGUGCUAAGUGUUCGGUCCACAACACCAGUGGGAUUGGGACUAGUUAUAGUUGUGGCGCUCCAAGUUUUAAGAAGAAUAGUGAGCUGGAGGAGUCGCCUUAUCUGCUGGAUGACCGUGUUGUAAUUGAGUGCGAUCUAACUGUCAUCAAGGAACCACUUGUUGAGACCACCGCAAUAACAGUUGAGGUCCAGAUGCCACCCUCAGACUUGGCAGAAAAUUUCAGAAAAUUGCUAGAGGCGGCCGAGGAAGCAGAUAUGACAUUCGAGGUUGAAGGUGAGAUUUUUCCUGCACAUAAGAUUGUGCUCGCAGCAUGGUCUCCAGUCUUCAAGGCAGAGCUGUAUGGACCGAUGAGAGGCAAGUGUGGACAGAACAUAACCGUCGAAGACAUGGAGCCUACUGUUUUUAAGGCAUUACUUCACUUUAUCUACACAGAUCUAUUGCCUUCCAUGGGCAAACUUGAUGAUGAAGAGAAAAAGGAAAUGGUCAGGCACUUACUAGUGGCUGCAGAUCGCUGA